AUGGUAUGCGUGCAACCUAACGAUGGCAAGAGCAUCGUUGCUAUCACAGGUGCCUCGGGUUUUAUAGGUAGUUGGGUCGUGAAGAAGAUGCUAGAUGCAGGCUACCAUGUACGUGCAGUGGUUAGAAAUACAGAGGAUGAUGCGAAAACAGCCCACCUCAAGAAGAUGGCUGAAGGGGGCAGUGAGGAUCGAUUAACUUUCUUUUCAGGUGGGUUAUAUGGUUUGG